CCCUCUGCUGAGAUCAAUGUAUUCACCGCAGCUUCCUCUGGCGCGUACGCGCGUGCCAUUCCCAGCCGAGACAGACAAAGCUCAAGCAGAGCCGGGCAGUCUCGAAGCCUCUCUUCUCCAGCUACUCCACGAUCAUCACCACUCCUCUCUCAAACUCCGCCAACAAACGGAGUUAGCGAAGAAAGAAUCGAUUAAUAAUGCGAAAAGGGUGUCUGAUUUAUUGAUGGAUGCAAUGAAUGGUGGGGUGCAAGAGUCUUAUUUGAAUGAGAAAAGAAUUGAGCUUGAAAUUCGAACUUUGGCAGCUACAAUUGCCCGAUUCAUGAAACAGACUGAUCAGUGGCUUGUUACUACUAAUGCUAUUAACUCUGCCAUGAAGGAAAUUGGAGACUUUGAGAACUGGAUGAAGACCAUGGAUUUUGACUGUAAAAGCAUUAAUGCAGCAAUCCGCAAUAUUUACCAAGAAUGAUUUCGCAGCAGUCCUCAUCCUAUCGUUUGUCUUUCACACACAGAGCUAACAACCUAUUGACAAUGCUAAUGCUCUUCCAAUUAUCAGACCAUUGUGUAGUAACUUGUGAAUCUUCUGUGAACACUUCUUCGGCUGGUUAAACUUCAAUUAUUUUGGUUGCAUCUCGUGUUAGCUGGUGUGUGUAUUGAGAUGUUUGUAUUUUCUGUUUAAAGAGCAAGCUACGUAACAUGUAACGGUAAUAUUUAUAUGUUACCCAGGAAAUAGAUUUUGUUUUAUUGGA